CAGCCGCUUGUGCUAUAGCAGCAGUAGUCGGGAAAUUAGGUAUUGCGUUCGUCUGACACCUAAUUGAAGGAGCAUUUAUUUCUAAGGGAUUAGGAAAAGGCAGCAUGACAGAACUUCACCAGGCGGUAGCAGCAGGCGAUUGUGCUUUAGUGGACGAGAUCCUCAAGAAAGGGCAGUGUGACCCCAAUGACAAAGAUGCGGACUGGAACGACAGGACGCCGCUGCACUGGGCAGCAAUAAAAGGAACAUCAAGGAUAGUAAAACGGCUUGUGGAGCACGGGGCUCGUCCAUGCUUGAGAACAGAUGCAGGAUGGACCCCAGCUCAUUUUGCUGCCGAGUCAGGGAAACUGGGGGUGCUAAGGACGCUGCAUUCUUUGCACGCUCCUGUGGAUGCCGCAGACCUCUAUGGAGACACACCGAAACGGAUGGCAGAGAUCUACGGUCACAAAGAGUGUGUAAAGUUCUUAGAAACGGCUGAAACAGAGUGCAGGGACUAUCGCCUGGCAGCGAAGUUAAAGGGAACCCAGCUGGAUGAGAAUGACGAAGCGUGGGAGCUAAAGAAGGAAGAACUUUUGAGAAACGAACCCCACCCUCAAAAGAAACCCACCCAAAAGUGUGUAAGAAAAGAUGGUCGUUAAAUUCCUUGAAACUUAGUAGGGAACUGACCCAGCACACCAGAUAAUCUCUGCAGUGGGGAUCCCAGCGGUCUUAACAAAAUGGCAGGGUUGGAUUGGCCCGUUAAUUGACUGGGAAGGUUCCUGGUGGACCACAGCCCUGUACGCUUAUUUGGCUGCUGUGAGGCAGAUGCCACUACAAGAGUCCACUCAACUCAAACCUGAACCAUGGUGAUCAGGGAUUUUUUUCUGGGAAAAGAGGUGG